UCAAGUUCCCUAGGUUAUGUACCUGAAUUCAAAUCCACCUGGCGUGGUACCGCGAUAAAGAAUCGCCAACAAUGAAAAAUCCAGUGAAAGCCCCAAAGAAUUGAUUCUAAAUCCAUCAGAAUAGUGAAAACGUGAAAAUGUCAGAACUAUCACAGAGUGGCUCGAGAGAUCUGCUGUUUCGUCGAAUCCUGAUGGCAGUGAUCUCUAGCAUUAUCGUCCAAUGCCUUCUGAUGUCCUUGAUAGUGGUGCUGACUCACCUAUCCCCGACAAAACCCCUUUCCUGGCCAGAGGAGGCCUUCUCCACCCUCAUAUCCCUCCGCACCUGGUGCUACUUCUUCGUCCUCUCAACGAUAAUAAUCCUCCAGGGUGUGGUGUGCAGUAAAAGUUACCUCACAGCUCCCUCCCUCGUCGACACAAGAUUCGCUUCGCUGUGCAGUGUGUUCACCCCUCACAAUUUGACAGUUGGAGGUCUGCACCUGACAAUCGGAAUUGUCCUCGUGUGGUUGCACCUCUCCUUCGAGGACUCCAACUACAGCUCCCUGAAGAAAAAUUGCAGAACAAUGACAGGUAGCUGCAUCACAGAGGAGUACGUCUUCCUCGUGACAUCUGGACUAUUCACAGCUGUCCACCACUUCCUCAAGAAUAACUUCCUCACCAGGAGAUACCUCCAGUUUCCGAUAAUUCCUCAGAGUAAAUUCAGCCAGGUGAGACGAGAGACGUCUAAAUUAAUAUCGAUUGCGAUGACGAGUGCAGUCUGGCCUACGACGUACUUCCUGGUGUUCUACUACACCUUCGGUGGCUAUAUUCGUAGAUUAAUCGCCUCAAUUAUGUUCUUGAACGUCGAGGAGCCCCUGGACAAGAUCUCACGACUUUUCGAUACAAACCUUGUGUUUCACGUGUGGCUGUACAGUGGACUGUUCUCGUUGACGAUGGACAGCAUGCACCUGCUGUUCCAGGUGCACCUGACGGAGUGGAUGGAGUUCGAAAUUGGCCAGAGUGUCUACAGCGAUAAUAGAGGAUCUAUGAGCCUUCCAGAGGCACUGGGAAUGGACGAGGUGCCAAUAAUUCAACACCUGGGGUACCUGGACCUGAUGACACUGUCGCAAAAGCAGAGGAGCAGACGAGGAAUUGUCUUCUCAUUGAGCCAGCCUGGAGGACAUCCUUACAAUUGGAAUUGCAUCGUAGAAAAGUGUCUGGGGAUGAUAAAGGGGUACUCCAAGAAGGUGGAGGAGGUCUGUGCCGUCAGGCAGGAGAUAACUGCCCCUCUGAGUGCUCCUGCCAGUUUGGAUAGACCUUAUUCAUUUCACAUGAGGAAUUUGGCGAGGGUCGAGAGCCUUGAGAAAACUCCGGGGACUGCUAUCAAGCCUGUACCAUCCACUGGCGAAUUCCUCGUGGAGUUCUUCAGGAGCAGAAGACAGAGAAUUGUGGAUUAUGUCAUGUCUAAGCCAUUGGUACUCUAUUUUUUUGGUGUAAGGAGUGACAGCAGGAUUCAACAUCUUCUCGUGACUGGACAGCCCGUUGUCUGGGCUGUUGAUGCUAUCUCUUCGCUUGCUGUUAUCUCUUUGAAGGAGGAUCCUUAUGGAAUCGUACAGAAGGAUCUUCCUGGGAUGAUUGAGGAACUCUUGGGGCUCAAACUCGCUCUCGACAAGCUGCAUAAGAUGAUCUUGUUGAGCAGGAAAUCUCAGCAGGAUGACAAAAAUAUCAGGCAUCUCCUCGGGGCCUUGAGGAGCGCCGGCAAAAGGAGUAUUUACAGAAUUUUUGUGGCGUUUAAUGAAUAUUUCGAGGAUCUAGCCCUCGAGCAGAACGUCAAGGAUCAGCUCCAGGGAUUUUUCUCGUUUAGAGAGUAAUAUUGACUUGCUUGGGGAUUGCCUUUUCAUUUUUGCAAGGAUUGAUUGAAUAUUUUUGAUACCCUGGGAAUUUGCAUUCAUCAAAUGUAGUUGUAAUUUGUUGUUUUCUAUGGAAUAAAAUGUGUCAAUUUUUUUCUA